AUGAGACUAGGAGGUCGUCUGAAGAACGCUCAACUCAGUCCAGACGAAAUACAUCCAAUAAUCCUGCCCAGACAGUCAAGGUUCACCACAUUGGUCAUUGCCGAAGCUCACCAGAGAACCCAAUAUGGAGGUACCCAACUGACUCUAGCCUACACGAGACAAAAAUACUGGAUCGUAGGAGGCAGAGGUACUGUCAGAGCAUACAUCUUACGCUGCGCCAUCUGCACCCGUCAUCGAGGAAGACAAGCUCAACAGCAGAUGGGUCAACUGCCGUCAACAAGGAUUUCACCAGCCAGGGCAUUUCUCCACACAGGAGUGGAUUAUGCAGGUCCAUUCCCCAUCCUGAAGUGGAGGCCAACAAAUGCACAACCAGGAACAGUGCAUAUAGCAGUAUUUGUGUGCUUCACCACGUCAGCAGUUCACCUAGAGCUCGUCAACAGGCAAAAAACAGAGGCUUUCAUCGGCGCCUACAAACGGUUCACGGGAAGACGUGGCAUUCCAGCAGUCAUGUAUAGUGACAAUGCCACCACCUUCACAGGAGCAGCAGAGGUCCUAGAGCAACUUUAUCACCAGGAUUCAAGAGAGAACCAACAUGUUCAGGCUGUCCUCGCAACCCAUGGAACUCAGUGGAAGUUCAUCCCGCCAAGAGCACCACACUUUGGUGGUAAAUGGGAGGCAGCCGUGAAAUCCGUGAAGUAUCACCUGAAGAGGAUACUAGGACCAUCUACACUCACAUACGAAGAGCUCAACAGCGUGAUCAUCCAGAUAGAAGCCUGUCUCAACUCCAGACCAAUCUGUCCCAUGUCAGAUGAUCCAGAAGAUCUCCAGGUGCUCACUCCAGGACACUUCCUGGUAGGAGAACCCCUUCAACUAGUACCAGAACCAUCUCUUCUCCAGAAACCUAGCAGCAAGCUACAGAGAUGGAACCUCGUCACCCAGAUCACCCAACAAUUCUGGUCCAGAUGGUCUAAAGAGUGCUUGCAGAGAUACCAAGCAAUCUACAAAUGGAACAAUCAACAGGACAACAUCAAGGUCGGCGACAUGGUCCUGAUGAUGGAUGAAUAUCCACCAGCAACAUGGCCAAUCGCCAGAGUCAUCGCAACACGACCAGGAGCAGAUGGACUCACCAGAGUCGUCACACUGAGAACAGCAAGAUCCCAAGUGGCAAGACACGUAGACGGAUCACCAGACCCUCAAAAUAUAAGGGUAACUUACGCCGAGUUUGACAGACCAAUCGCCAAACUCUGUCUUCUACCAUCAGAUCCACCACCAGCAGAAGAACCUCCAGAAGAACAACAAGGGGACCUCCAGGAAUCACAGGACUGA